AGAGGCUUCAUGUUAACAAGAGAUUGUUAAAUAACUUGGGAUAUCAUAAAGUCAAUGUCAUUGCUUCUGGUUUACCACUUAUCAAUACUGCAGAGGUAGAAAAGUCCUCACCAGUAUUUUUGUGCCAAUAACUAGGGUUGAAGAAACGUGUGGCAGGACUUUUACCAACUCCUGGACUUUGCACCUGUGCAGUAAUCCUUAAAAUGGAUUCGGUGUCGAAUCAGAUGGCGAUUGGCGUUCUGGCCGGCGUGGGCUGCGGACUGUGUAUCGGGUGGCUCCUCCGAGGUCGGCUGGCCCGGCCGGUGAAGGGCCUGAUUCCCGCCCCCGGUAACGGAGCAGGAAGCGAGACGAGCGUGAUGGGGGAGAGCGGGGAGUUCAAGAUGACGCUGGUGGUGCGAAACGACCUGAAGAUGGGCAAAGGGAAGGUGGCGGCGCAGUGUUCACACGCGGCCGUCUCCGCGUACAAGCAGGUCCAGCGGAGGAACCCCGACCUGCUCAAGCAGUGGGAGUACUGCGGCCAGCCCAAGGUGGUCGUCAGAGCGCCGGAUGAGGAGAGCUUGAUCGAGCUGCUAGCCCACGCGAAAGAGCUCGGUCUGCCCAUCAGUUUGAUUCACGAUGCCGGGAGGACCCAAAUCGCUCCUGGCUCACGCACUGUGUUGGGUAUUGGCCCUGGGCCAGUUCAUCUCGUGGACAAAGUCACUGGACACUUAAAACUUUAUUAAAUUUCUUCUAGUAGCAAAAGUUGAUAAUGCUCUGGCCACGGUUCAUACGGUUGUGGAGUGCAUUCCCUUCUAAAUGGCUGUAAAUGUCAAUUUAUUUUUUAUUGUACUCAGGAGCUUCAAAUUAAAUUAACAUUUUGAUUAAAAAUCUUCUUUGCACGACAGUAAA